AUGGAGCAGAUAGGAGUCAUUUCUGAGGGAGAAUGGGUCUCUCUUAGUGCAAUGCAUACAGCGGAGGAGGCCGAUUUUAUGGUCCAGUGGCUUGAUAAACCUUCAAUACCCAAUGAGAUAAAUACCUGUUCAAGCUUAGGAGUCCCAUUUACUUUUUGGCCUUUUUAUGAUUCAACCAUGAACAUGGCAGGGCUCACUGAAAGUUCAUGCAUUUCUUUGGAAUUCCCUAGUACUAGAUUUUACAGUCUUCCAUUGGAGAGUAGUUAUAGUGGUGGUAGUCUGAGCCAAAAAAGCGACUACUUGAGUGAUCCCCAACCAAUUUUGACAUCCACUUAUAACUUCAUGUCCAUGGAUUCAGUUCCUUAUCUCAUUGAUGGGGAUGACUGCUCGAACCAAGAAAUGGUCAAGGGAGAUGCAGAGGAGUCUGCUGGAAACAUGCCUGAAACUGUUCUCCUUCACAAGGAUUUACAGCAAAAAAGGAAAACAGAUGUUCCAAAACCAGACUUGAUCUCGGAAGUUAAUAGGAACAAGAGGAUUGCGCAGUCCAAGAAAAGUCACAUGCUUUCUUUGACAAGCAACAGAGAAAAAGGUGGUUGUCUUUGCCUUGAUGGACAGAGCUCGAGCAGCUGCUCCUCGGAGGAUGAUUCCAACACUUCUCAGGAGCUAAAUGGAGUGACUCCAAGCUUGAGCAGCAAAGAGCUUCCUGCUCUCAACAAAAAAGGCAAAGCAAGAGCCACAAGAGGAUCGGCCAGUGAUCCCCAGAGCGUCUACGCAAGGAAAAGAAGAGAGAGAAUAAAUGGGAGGCUAAGAAUCCUACAGAACCUUGUCCCUAAUGGAACAAAGGUUGAUAUUAGCACAAUGCUUGAGGAAGGUGUUGAAUAUGUUAAGUUUUUACAGCUCCAAAUUAAGCUCUUGAGCUCCGAUGAUCUAUGGAUGUAUGCUCCCUUCGCUUAUAAUGGAGUGGACAUUGGACUUGAUCUGAAGAUCAACCUGCCCAAACAACAGAUAAGAUAA